UGUGACGGUAGUGCAACACUGCUGUGAUCGUUUUUGGCGGAGGGACACAAUACACAGGGUCCCUGACAGUGCUUUGUGAAGAUGCCAAGAUCGUCGCAUUCUCAUAGGUUGAACCGAAGUAAAAACAGACUUUCAUCAUUAAUGAAGAAGGCUGGACGUAUUUGAGCAACCCCCUUUUCUUUCUUUUUUUUUUUUUUUUUUUACAGUUGCAGAAAUAGGCGGGAAGUUUGUAUAAAAAGGUUUGAAACACUAUAUAAAUUUGUAUUGGACAUGGCAACUGGUUAAACCGAAACUGGCUGUUUUUUUUUGUUUGUUUUUUUAACAAUAUAUAUAUAUAUAUAUUUUUUGUAUUAUUUUUAUGUUUGUAUUAUUAUUAUUUUGUGUUUCGUUUGUAGCACAUACCACAACAAACCUCGCGUAAUUAGAAGACGUCUCCUCUGCUGCAGGAUCUUGCCUGAACGGACUCCUCUUUUUCAUGGUAUUAUAAUGCUGUUCAGAUGCUGGUUGGUGAUGUUUCUGCUUUUAAAACGUGAUCGCUUCUUCUGGGAUACAGUUGAAUCCGGAUCGCACCUGUGUGUCUGCGUCUUUUUCUGGGGGACUAUACAAACCAAGUAUCCUUUACAAAAUCUAACCAGGAAAGUGCCUUUCGAUCCGAAGGGUUGCGUCUAUCAAAAUAAACAUAAGGGAAUCCUAAUAACACAAUAACAAGGAUUUCUAUCUGACCCAUUUUGUUUGUUUUUUCAAACUAGACAGCCACCGGCGUUUUGUUUUGUUGAUGCAGCGGGUAAACCCGGAUCUGAACGUAAACCAAUGGAAAUAUAUAAACUGUCAAACGCUCGGUCUAUAAUGUACACAAGCCUGUAAACCCCAGAUUUAUGAAGGCCACUCGUCUGAUUUGCGUUUCAUUAUUUGUAAAACGACCCUCUUGAUUUUGUUUCCAAAAAAGACUAUUGGAUAACUCUGCAACUGGAGCAGAACAAAAAUGUACUGUUUGUGAUACGAAUUAAAAUCUGUUUGGAGACAUCCUCCCGGUUUCUUUAUGGCGCAGGAACUGUCACAAGAAACCAAAAGAAACGGGGUCUGUAAUUCGUCAUAAUCAGCUUUUCCUCUGGACGCUUAAAUCAUUGCACGGAACUCGGAGCUGCGCACACCGGCUGCUAUCGCAUUCAGAUCAGAGAAAGGAAGAAACCUGAACUUUUUUUUUUUUAAAUCGUGUUCUUGAUGGUUGUUUUGGGACCGUAAUUCUCGGUAUUCUAAAACCUGGGCCAUCUGAAGCUGAUGUAAAACUGAAGUGUUGUUAGUGGGAUGGUUCUAGAUAAGUGGGCGGUCUCAGGUUGGAAAGCAGUUUCAUAUACUGCUAAAAUAUUUACUACAAUCUACUUACUGGCUCACGUCAGACUACGUUGACCAUUAAAAAAAAGAAGCAGCGCAUACUGGCUCCAAUAACACACAGCUGCGAACUUAAAAACCAAAAAAAAAAAGACUUUUUAAAAAAAAAUUCCCCUAAUCUCUUUUACCACAAAGAAUGGCUGAUUCUUCACUGGCUAGCGCUUCGGCAAGGGGCGAGCUGGAAAAAGUUGAAAUGUUAUUGCAAAACGGGGCAAAUGUUAAUGAAAAGAAUGCGUUUGGCAGGACUCCCUUACAGGUGAUGAAACUUGGCAACCCGUCAAUAGCCGAAGCCCUGCUCAGGGCCAAAGCCAAUCCCAACGAAAGAGACCCUCUCUUGGGUCUCACCGUUGCCCAUGACGCAGCCCGGGAUGGGUUCGAGGACACUUUGAGGGUCCUGGUGGAUUACGGAGCCGACGUCAACAUCGAGGACAGCGAAGGGAACUUGCCUCUGCACUUGGCAGCGAAAGAGGGAAACCUGGACGUCGUGAAGUUUCUAAUUGAGCGGACUAUCGAACCCAGGCGUGCGAACCGCAAAGGGAUGACAGCGCGCGAGCUAGCCGCAAUGCACAACAGACAGUCGACUGCACAGUGGAUCGAGGGACAUUCAUACGGGCAUGUCCAAAACUGAAGGAAAAAAAGCAUAAACAUUUCAUUAUAGUUGGGGGGGGGGGGGAGGUUAAGUCACAAAAAUGUUGCCGAGUUCUGCCAGAGAGAGAGAAAGCAAUGGAAAAUGUCCCCAGUAGUUAGUGAGUUUCUUCUAAUUCUCGAGGACACAAUGAAUGAUAUGCUUCACGAUUAAAUAACUUUUUGAUCACGUUGUUACCUCAUAAUACGUUUUAGUAUGGUCCAACCACACAGUGUUUCAGAUCAUGACUUAUCUUAAAAUAAAAUAAAAAGUUUGCUAUUGGCAACUUCUCUCUCCCGUUUAUUGAGUAUUUAACAACAGUCAGUCAGUUGCAUGAAUUUCACAUUAGUUAACGGUUUAUUGCAAGAUUAGGUCACAUUUGGCUGUAUUAACAGCAAUUGGCAACUGGAUUGGCAGCUGUUAUGUAAUAACUGGUCAUAAAAAAGAUUAUCCUACAGUUACGGUGUAUUGUUGGGUAAUACAUAAAUAAGCUUUAAAUAACACAAUUAGUGAGAUUACUUAUUAUGUCAAACUGGGUUUCGAGAUUUUACUGCGGCAAAAUAAAUGCACAUUAAAUUAGAUCCUUAUUUGAGUAGAUUGGUGUAAAAUAAAUAAACGAAACUGACUUAAAAUGGCUGAUGUGGCUUGCGCGACAUUGAAUUUGUAAGCGAAAAAACACAUCAUGCUUAACACAGCGUUAAAUUGGACUUGCAUGCCGCUGUGAAUUUCCUGCACAAACACCCGUUUUAUUUCUUCUUUUUCUUCUGUGUAAAUGUGAGUUAGACACACACAGGGCGACCACAGAUAUUCUCAGAUGAGUAAAUAUGAACUAUACUGCACUGUCUGCGAUUCCUGUUAUGACUCGUGCCAUUUCAAGAAGGCUUUGAUUUAAUCAGAACGGUGUUUGAAAUGUUCUGUAUGCCUGCUUAAAAAUUAUAAGAAUAAGAAGAAUAGGUUUAUAUAUAAUUUCCAUUAUUUAAAAAAAAAUGUUCAAAAUUAAAUUAAUACAUCUUUAAAACUAUAGGCAUACCUGCAAAUAAAAUUAACGAUAACUAAUAUUAUCACUCAGUUAUGCCAUUGCUGAAUGGAAAUACAUGAUUGUUUGUUUUUUACAAGCUACAAUUUGGUAUACAUUAUUUGUUAUAAUACAUUCUAAAAAAAAAAUAGAUAGGGCCUACAACAUUGAAAAAUAAAUGUUUUCGAUAGUAACAAUUCUGACGUCACAUCUCACUUUUAUUAACGAGGGACCGCUUCACAAAAAAUAGUGUGUUCAAUUAAACACACACACACACACACACACACACACACACACACACACACACACACAUACAUUUUGUCUUAAUCCCUGAAAACAAAAAUUAAUAACUACAAGACAAUUAAAAUAUAUUAAAAAUGCUAGGUUAAUACAGGGAUCAAUUGUAAUGCAUGUACCUGGUUUACUCUAUAAUACAGAUUCCAGUUUGCGUUAAUCGGGCCAUGGCUUUCUAUAUUUGUAUACAGCAGUGGGUAAAUUAAUCCCUGAGUUUUAUAUAAACGCACACUUUUUUUUCUCAGCACCGAUUAAUAAUACACUUUCCUUCACAGUAUAUGUUCGAAUUGUGUUGUUCAAUUUAAAGCACCGCCUAUAGAUUUGAAAGCAACUGCAACAACUACACAUAUCUGUGCUUUCCAAGAACACAGGCAGGGGGUGCUUUACUGUGUACUAUUUUUAAACAACGUUGUGUUUGUGUGUAAACGUUUAUCUCAAAUUGGUAAAGGAGAACACAUAUUGUGUUAUUUAAUACAUACACAAAACCGUCCGUUGUUCUUAAAUCAAUAGGCAUAUACGUUGUGUUAUUUUUUAUUAAUAUAUAUAUUUUUUGCAGUGCAUCUUUUUUUUUGUUUAUUUUUGUGGUUUUUUUGUAAUAGUUGUUUACAUGUGUACGCUUUCAGAAAUGCUUUACCAAACUCUGUGCUUAUAGGCCUACAUGAAUCAAAUGUGAAAGCAUGUUAAUUAUAAAUAAAUGUGAGGUUUGCUGAUUUCAAUAUACCAACAUUACUCAGGCAUCUCUUGUGUAGACAGAUUUCUGUUUGGUUUUAUUGCCAAUCGAAAUUCAGUUUUUUUUCUUUCUUUCUUGUUUUUGUUUUUAAAGUAGCGAUGUAGCAUUAUUUAAGAAAAUGUUCUUUAAAAAAAAUAAAUUAUAAUAUGUGUACGUUGUCAGGCCUCAGAAGAAAACAAUAUAUGUAUAUUCAAAUGUUAAGAUAUGAAGUUUAUUGCUUUUUAUGGAACAUAAAUAAAAAAUAUUAAAAUGA